ACCAUAAUGGAUAUUAAAUCAUAUGCAUUAGGUUUACUUUUCAUUUCGGCAGUUUUCUUUAGUGGUAUAUUCAUUUCAAUAACCAAUGCGUCUUUUUGUGAGGAUUAUGAAAAGUAUAGUGCAAAUAAUAAUUGUACAUGUGAUGUUCACGGCUUCAAAUGUUACAGUAACACUCUGAAAUUAGUUAGUGGAGACCUGUCUUUCCUUAGACAUUUGUAUGGAGAUCAUGACACGAUAGAGAAUUUAGAAACAGCAGGGAAUGAAGACGCAUUCACGAUAUCUUCAAGUAUUUUCUUACCAUUUAUUAAUCUGAAGACGUUACGAAUUCACAACUGUAACAUAGUGGACAUUGAACCUGGAGCUUUCCGCAGUUUACAUAGACUAGAGGUUCUAGAAAUAUCCGGUAAUUCCAACCUCACAUUAGAUUCCGUUACAAAAGGACUUAUUCUGCUGAAUUCUCCAAAUUUACAGAUGUUUAAUAUUAGUGGAAACCAUAACGCUGAGAACCUUCCUGGAGCGUUUAUUAGAAAACCGAUGUUUGAGCGUCUUUCUAACACUUCCUUGAAAAGUUUGGACGUCAGUUGGACCAGACUGACAACGUUGUUGGCACCUUUCGACCUCCUGCCUCAUCUCGAAACGCUUAAUAUAUCAGGAACUCUUCUUCUAGGUUCACUGAGCUGCCUUUCUACACUUGCGUCACUUAGCAACCUAUCUUACAUUGCGAUUGAUCACUGGCCGUUUUUUCCAAGAGGAUAUGACAGUAUUCGAUUAUCAGAAGAGCCGCAUGGCUUAUUCAAGAGAAAUUCAAAUGGUAUCUGUACACAAAGAAAGUAUUUAUCAGACAGGGGAUGUUUAAUGAUAGGGGAAAGGUGUCGCACUUUGCAAAUGAGAUUUAUUGAUCUCGACAGUUUUUUCUUGGAUUUAAGUAAAGGUUUCUGCAUGGAAAAAAAUAAUAUGUUAAAUCACGUUGCAUCAAACAGCAGAAUUUCAAAGCAGCUUGGACUUAUAUUAGGAUUAGAUAAACUGAAGUUAUUUGACAUGUCAAAUCCGGAAGUCUUAUUUAGAGGUCCAUUGAUUAAGCCAAAUAUGUUUUAUGCAAUGCCUUCAUUGGAAGUAUUACGAUUAGCGGGAUUUCACCUUAACAGGUUGAGUAAUGAACACAUAAGAAAACUUGUCUCUCGAAAUUACAAUCUGACAGAACUGGAUAUUUCAUACAAUGAACUAACAAAAUUGCCAAAGAAAAUGUUCAUCGAAAAUAUUUUCCUAGAAUAUUUGAAUAUAUCGUGGAAUAAAUUAACUGUUUUUGAAACAGAUCUUUCAUCUUGUGUACAUCUUUUGUCUGUAGAUCUUCAACAGAAUCUCCUUAUUGUGAUAGAUGUAAUUAUAGUUCAGCAUUUUACAUCCUUAGGAAGAAAUAUUGAAAUUAACCUGAACGGCAAUGAGUUAGAAUGUAACUGCAACUUGUUAACUUUUACUAAAGAUGUAAAUGUAACAAUAACACCUUUUAGAUGUUCUUAUAAAGGUGAAAGUAAACUUAUUACUAAAGAUGUUUCUGAGACAUUCUUUCAAAAUGUUUGUGAUGCACAGGAGCAAAUUAAUAGUAUGAUAAUUUUGUUAGGUGCUACAUUAGGAGUCUUGGGGACAGCUUUAAUAAUUAUCGCUGCUGUAAUUAUUUACAGAAGAAGAAAAAGUUCUAUCCUCAGAAAAAGUGUUCAGGAAAAUAUGCCCGUCGUAAUUAAUUUAACAGACAGUAACCGACUGGAAGAGAGUCCUUCCAGAAACCCGAAAUUUGUUGUGUUCCUUGCAUACUGUUCCAAAGACGCCGAAUUCGUCUUGAAGAAAAUCUACGAAAAAUUAAACUUGAAACUGUUACAGCUGUUGAAAGACACUGCCUAUGUAAAUGACCCAGAUCAUUUAAUCAUCAUAUAUGAUAAACAUUUCUUAGCAGGUAUAGAUAUUGAUGAAAUUUGUCGUGUAGCAAUUACAGAAAGUCAUGUGACUGUAGCUGUAGUAACAGAUAACUUUCUAGAAAGUUCAUGGUGUAAUUUGGAAGUUAAAAUGGCCAUUUCGUCAAAAGUACCGUUAUUGCCUUUGUUUAUCACAAAAUGUGACCCAAAAAAGUUGACAGGUUUUCUGAGAGUCGUGUAUGAAGAAAAGGUUAGACUUCUUUGGCCGGAUACAUCUCUGUUGGACGAAACGCUGGCGGAAGCGGAAGAAAACAAACUCUUGGAUACAUUGUGUAGUCACAUUAUCACUUACGUCAAGCUUCAUAAAGAUAUGUCUUGUAAAAUGUAAAAAGCGAAAUUAACAAUUGUGCGAAUUAAGAAGAAUAUUCAAUUUAAAUAUUUGACUUGACGUUCGACAGUUUAACUUGGCCUAGCGACAGUCUCAUAUGAUUUUUUUUGUUUCUUCUGAAACUGCAGCUUUAAAAGCUUGAUAAUGUCUGUCAAAAGAUAAUUGUGACAUUCAGCAUGAAAAUUAUCUUGUAGAUUCAUAAAGGAUUAAAAUCUCAACUAUUUCCCUUAAUAUUGUCUAAAUAAAAAACUAAACAUUAAAUAAUAAGCUCUCAAUCAGUUUAACUCACUUGGAAGUUCUAUACUUUUAGCUCACCUGCCAUACAACUUAGACGUAUCAGAUAAGAAAUAUAUAUUAAACUUCCGUGAAAUUUACCAUAAAUAACCUUUCAAUUUAUUCGAACUCGAAAACAAUAUUUUAUUGUCAUGCUGAAUGCGGAUAUUUUUGAAAUAAUUGUUAAGUCAUGCAUAAUUUUGCGGUUUCAAUUUUGUUUUCAAACAUUUUUUUUAACAUGUACAUUCACUUUAUGUUUUAGAUAGAAUGAACUAGAUGUGUGUCCGUAGGACACUGGUGCCCCCACUUCUUGUCCCUGUACAUGGUUUCAUGACUCUAUGUGAAAUACUUCUAAAUAUAUGUUUACAUAAGCAACACAAACAUUUAAGCACCUUAUGUGUAUUUUGAACUAAGUCAAUGGCAACAACUCUGGUCUGGCUGCGUGAAAUUGCAAACAGAACACCACAUCACAACUUCUUAUGAUAUGAAAUAAUCUUCUUAUGUUUUAUGACUCUGUGUCAGAUACUUUUUGAGAUAAAUGGGACACAAACUUUUAUGCCCUAUAUGCAUAUUUUGACUAAGUCAAUGGCCAUAACUCUGGUCUUGUGGAAUGAAAUCCAAAACAUAACUAAGGUGCACAAAUUUACAUUCUAAAUAAUACACCUACCUGUUUUCAUGAUAAUAAGUCAAAUAUUUUAAAACAUAUGCAACACAAACUCUUAAGCACUUUAUGUGUAUUCUUCAUUAUGUCAAGGACCAUACCUCUGCCUGAGUGAAAUCUCAAACAGAACAUCCGUUGCGCAACUUCACAUUCUAUAUAACAAUCCUGUAUUGUUUUAUGACUCUAAACUAAAUACUUUUUGAGAUGCAUGCGAUACAAUUAAACGUGUGUGCUCUUUAUGCAUCUGGUUUGACCGACAGAAAUCUAAAAAAAACAGGUGAACAACUUCACGUGCUGUAUAAUAUUCCUAUUCUGUUUCAUGAGUGUAGUGGAGUUGAUUGUAUUAGUGUAAUAGGUAAAAGUCAUACUAAUGCCUCUCUGAUUUUUUUGAUAGAAAAUAUCUUCAGUAUUUUUAGUAUGUUUUAUGCAAUGCCUUCAUUGCAAGUUUUACGGUUAUCGGGAUUUCACCUUAACAUACUGAGUAAUGCACACAUAGGCAAGUUUGUCUCUCGAAAUUAAAAUAGUGAUUACGUUGAAAGUGCAUUUAUUGCCUUUGUUUAUCACGAAAUGUGACCCGGAAAGGUUAACUGGUUUUCUGAGAGUCGUGUUUGAAGAUAAGGUCAAACUUCUUUGGCCGGAUACAUCACAGAUAUUUAACAACAAAAUCACUGAGAUAAUUGUGUUUCUAUAUUCCAACACGAUAUCAAGGAUUAUUUAUCUACACCCUUCACAAUAUCUACCAAAUAUUUACUUUUUGAGUUGGUUUCUCUAUUAUCUUUUAGAAGUGAAAGAAAUGUUUCAUAAAGUACUAAAGGAAACCCCGCUAUCACGUUUGACGCUAUGACGUAAUAAGUGUAGCGGCGUACAAACUGAUUUCCUUGCAUAAUAACACACAGUUGCAUUCUACUUUGUUUAAAGGAAAAUAAAUCAGGCUAUAAGAAGUUGUUGAAUCCAACGAUAACGCCACUCCGCAUGUAAUCAAGGAGGACGUUCUGUAGAAGUUGUCGCAGUUACUGUAACUGUAACUUGCGUUUUGAAUGGCGUUAAGUAUACAUUAGUUGUGAAAUAUCUUUCGGGUUUCCAAAUAUGUCUUUCCUUUCUAUUAAUUACUUACGCGUUAAGCAAUUUUAAAAAAUCCAGCGAAACAAUCAUUUUGAUAUUCAGUGAAAGGCAGAGAGGGUCGUUCGUCUCUUGAAGCGAAGCCUAAAGACGCACGAGACAUUUACGUUGCGAAGUAUUUAGCCUUUAUAGUGACGAUGGGAUCUGUGGGAAGCGUGCAUUCUAAGAAAAAGGAAGACGACAAUGAUGUGAAGACUAAGGUUAUUAUAAACGGAGUUAGGGUGGCAUUUUUCGUCGUCAGAGUUCUUUCUAGUGAUAUUGAUGUACCGUGUGAAUAGCAAUAUUUUAUUUAGACGAAAAUGAUAGUAACAUUAUAUCAAAUAUAUUAAUAAUAUAAACAAUAAUAGUGAAAAUGAAAAUAUCAAUAAUGUUGGAGAUAAAAACGAUGAAAAUAUCUGGAAGAACAAAUGAACCAUCGUCAUAAGGCAUAGGUGAAAAAGUUUGUCAUUUUACUCAGAACAAUUAAUGCCCCGAUAAGUAGACUAAAUAUAUACAAUAAAUCAAAUUAUCUGAAAAAUUAAGUCAUAAUAAAAUAUACUCUCUUCUUUUAAUAAGCGUAAUUGGAGAUUAACAUAUAUAUGUUUUUGCCAAAUAAAACUUUACUUUGACUUGA